AUGGAGAAGAAGACUCUAGGCCGACAAAGAGUUGAAAUGAAGAAGAUGAAGAACGAAACCCAUCUCCUAGUCUCCUUCUCGAAGCGAAAGGCUGGUCUGUUCAAAAAGGCGAGUGAAAUCAGAGCACCCUUUGUGGUGCCGAGCUCGCCACUGUUAUCUUCUUCCCGUCCAAAAAGGCGUUUUCUUUUGGCAACCCCACGGUUGACACUGUCAUUGAUCGUUAUCUCAAUUGCAACCCGCCGGAUACUUCGGGAACGUCGUUGCUCGUCGAGGCUCACGGCGACGAUCCAGUUAGAAGCUUCAAAGGAACGUGGCAAAGAGCUUAAAGUGAUGUCGAGCGAAAACCAGCAGCAAAAGAUUGAAGACCUUGACCUAUCACAACUCCUUGAACUAAAAUCAUCCAUGGAGAAGUUGCAAAAGGAUGUUGAAGAGCAGAAGCUGGCUGCUCUGAAUGCGAGCCCCCAACAGUUUUACAUUGGGAAUUGGUCGGGCCAAGGGGUUGUUCCAACUCCAGGAUAUAAUCUCAAUCCUUUGGAAGGAUACAAUGUUAAUCUUGUAGAAGAAUACAAUAUCGAUCCUGUGAAUCCUACAAAUGAAGACAAUGUUGAUCUUGUAGAAGAAUACAUUGUUUAUCCUUUCGAAGUGCACAACGUCGAGUCUGCACAAUAUAAUCUUACAGAAGGAUUAUAUAUCAAUCCUGUGAAUCCUACAUAUGAAGACAAUUUUGAUCCGGUAGAAGAAUACAUUGUUGAUCCUUUUGAAGUGAACAAUGUCGGGUCUGCACAAGAAUACAAUGAUAAUCCUACAGAAGGACGCUAUAUCAAUCCUGUUGAAGGAUAA